AUGAGUGAAUCCCCAAUGUUCGGUGCCAAUGGCACUCCAAACGUAAAUGAAGCUGCUGAAGAAGAUGUCAGAAUUUUAGGUUACGACCCAUUAGCCUCUCCAGCUCUCCUUCAAGUGCAAAUUCCAGCUACUCAAACUUCUUUAGAAACAGCCAAGAGAGGUAGAAGAGAAGCUAUAGAUAUCAUUACCGGCAAAGACGACAGAGUUCUUGUCAUCGUCGGUCCAUGUUCUAUUCACGAUCUAGAUGCUGCCCAAGAAUAUGCUUUGAGAUUAAAGAAGCUUGCCGAAGAAUUAAAAGGUGAUUUAUCUAUUAUUAUGAGAGCAUACCUGGAAAAGCCAAGAACUACAGUCGGCUGGAAAGGUCUGAUCAAUGAUCCUGAUGUCAACAACACUUUCAACAUUAACAAGGGUUUGCAAUCCGCCAGACAGUUGUUCGUCAACUUGACAAAUAUCGGUUUACCAAUUGGUUCUGAAAUGCUAGAUACCAUUUCUCCUCAAUACUUGGCCGAUUUGGUCUCCUUCGGUGCCAUCGGUGCCAGAACCACCGAAUCUCAAUUGCACAGGGAAUUAGCCUCCGGUUUAUCCUUCCCAGUCGGUUUCAAGAACGGUACCGACGGUACUCUGAACGUCGCUGUGGAUGCUUGUCAAGCCGCCGCACAUUCUCAUCAUUUCAUGGGUGUUACUAAGCAUGGUGUUGCUGCUAUCACCACCACUAAGGGUAACGAACACUGUUUCGUCAUCUUGAGAGGUGGUAAGAAAGGAACCAACUACGAUGCCAAAUCCGUUGCUGAAGCUAAGGCUCAAUUGCCUGCUGGCUCUAAUGGUUUAAUGAUCGACUACUCUCACGGUAACUCCAACAAAGAUUACAGAAACCAACCAAAGGUUAACGAUGUCGUCUGUGAACAAAUCGCUAAGGGUGAUAACGCCAUCACCGGUGUCAUGAUUGAAUCCAACAUCAACGAAGGUAACCAAGGUAUCCCCACCGAAGGUAAAGCUGGUUUGAAGUACGGUGUUUCUAUCACCGAUGCUUGUAUAGGCUGGAGUACUACUGAAGACGUCUUGAGAAAAUUGGCUUCUGCGGUUAGACAAAGAAGAGAACUCAACAAGAAAUAG